UAAUGUUCCUUCAUCUCUAUAUCAAGGAUUACUGAACUUUCUCUCUGUAGAUUAUUAAUUAAUCUUUGAAGUUUUGUUCAUCAGCUGAAUCUCCUGCAUUAAUGGCGACUCUUGAUGGAAUCUAACAGAUUAACGCUAGUCCUCGAAACCUCAAAUUAGUCAGACGAAGUCACAGCGAUCGAAGUUUCUGGAAUUUUUCUUCUUCCUGAUUUUGGCGUACUCUCUAACUUGUAAUGAAGCUCGAUCGGGACUGUACAAGAUUCGGUUAUUCUCAACGCAAAAUUGUACUAUAUUCGUAGUUUUCUCACUCUCUCCUGAGUGAGUUUGAGUAGUCAAUGGACGAACUGUACAGGCUUCAUUCUUCAAUUUCGUUCUCAGAUCAUGAUCAUGAUGUUAGCGGAGUCGGAGAUUUUCCGACGACUUUGAGUGGACUUCACGGCCCCGUUGACAACAUGCUUCAAUUCGAGGCCACCGAAAUCGAGGUCGGCGGAUCGGAGUUGUCCGAUCUCAUCAAGGCUCAGAUCGCAAACCAUCCUCUCUAUCCAAACCUAGUCUCUGCGUAUAUUGAAUGUCGAAAGGUUGGAGCACCACCAGAGAUGGCUUCACUUCUUGAAGAAAUCAGCAAAGAGAAUCAUCCAAUCAACAGUCGUAGUGACAUCGGAGCCGAUCCUGAACUCGAUGAAUUCAUGGAAUCGUAUUGUGAGGUUCUACAUAGAUACAAACAGGAGCUUUCAAAGCCGUUUGAUGAAGCGACGACGUUCUUGAGCGACAUCGAGUUACAGCUCAGUAAUCUCUGCAAGGAGACACUGACGACGACGACGACGUUUGCCUCCGCUAACUAUCAUUCUGAUGAAGGAGCUGGUACUUCAGAGGAGGAUUUGAGUUGUGGGGAGGUGGAAGCAGCUGAAAGUCAAGAAUCUUCUGUUGCACGUCCAGGUGACCAGGAGCUGAAAGAAAUGCUAUUGCGCAAGUACAGUGGCUAUCUUAGCAGCCUGAGAAAGGAAUUUUUGAAGAAAAGAAAGAAAGGAAAGCUACCGAAGGACGCAAGGAUUGCGCUACUGGACUGGUGGAACACGCACUACAGAUGGCCAUAUCCCACAGAGGAUGAGAAAUCAAAGUUGUCAGAAUUUACUGGAUUAGACCAAAAGCAGAUUAACAACUGGUUCAUAAACCAGAGAAAGAGGCAUUGGAAACCAUCUGAAGACAUGAGAUUUGCUCUCAUGGAAGGUGUUAGUGGCAGCAUUGGAGGACCCAUGUACUUCGACAAUGCAGGAGGAAGUGUUGAUAUUUAAAGGAAAUCAUAUACACCUGGGUUUAGCAUGCUCCAACACUGGAUGAUGGGAUUUAUACUUGAAAAACAAGAUCUUGUGCUGCAAUAGAAGGUCAGUUAUCAUGGGCUGAGAAAUCUUUAGAGUAUGCAGAAGAAACACAAGCAAUUAAGUUUUUAGGCAUGAGCAAGUAUUGUAUGAUCACUAAAGAUUUGUUAUUUAUGCCCAUGGAUGUAUAUAAAAUGUCCUCUUUGUAUUGCUUGUCUGGUAAACAUUUUGAACUGCAGACAUAAGAAUUGAGCAAUGAUGAUUGUUCCCUUUGGACACUCUCUUGGUGCCCAGUGACUA